UCUCGGAGGCGGCGGUGGCGCUGCUCUGACCUCAGCAUGUGAGAAAAGCUUGUUUUAUUUUCAGGGUCCCUGUGGACCAGCGGUUUGGAAAAGACUCCAUCCAUGUUCUGAAGAAGAGGAAUUUGGACAGCUGAGAUGCCUGGAAGCCAGUACCAGCUGACGCGCCCCAGACUCAGCCACAGCCUCUACAGCCUGACGGAGAGCUCAGACGGCAGCCAUGAGGAGCAGGGGGGCGACGGCUCGACGCUCCUCACCCCCCUGCAGAAACUCACCGUGGCCAUGUGCAAAGACGAGAAGACCAUCAAGGAGCUGAUCAUCGGCCGCAGGGUGGGCUUCUACAAGGUCAGAGGGGAGAUCGGCUACGGGACCUUCUCCAGGGUCAAACUGGCUUUCCACGCCCUGACUAGAGAUAAAGUGGCUCUGAAGAUCCUGGACCGGACCAGGCUGGACGCCCAGGCCCAGCGGCUGCUCUCCAGGGAGAUCAGCAGCAUGGAGCUCCUGCAGCACCCCAACGUGAUCCGGCUGUACGAGGUGGUGGAGACGCCGAGUCGACUCUUCCUGGUGCUGGAGUACGCAGGAGGAGGAGAUCUCCACAACCGGAUCUGCAACGAGGGAAAACUGAGCGACAACGCCAGCAAAAUCACCUUCGCUCAGAUCCUCUCUGCCGUCAAAUACAUGCACAACAUGAACAUCAUCCACCGCGACCUGAAGGCGGAGAACGUUCUGUUCACCACCAACGGCUGCGUGAAGGUGGCCGACUUCGGGUUCAGCACCCGGGUGUCCGGUCGCAGCGUCGCUCUGGACACGUUCUGCGGCUCGCCCCCCUACGCCGCUCCGGAGCUCUUCAGGGACGAAUGCUACCUGGGGCCCCCGGUGGACGUGUGGGCCAUGGGGGUCCUGCUCUUCUUCAUGGUGACCGGCACCAUGCCGUUCAGGGCGGAGACUAUGGGCAAGCUGCGGCGCUGCAUCAUCGAAGCCAACUACACCAUCCCCCCCUGGGUGCCCGGCCCCUGCCAGAGGCUCAUCAGGGGCAUCCUGAAGCCGGCCCCCUCGGAGCGCUACGCCGUGGACCAAAUGCUGGGCUGCGACUGGCUGCUGCCGGUGGAGUUCCCUUGGACUCUGGUUCCCUUUGAGCCGCCGAGCCCCCUGCAGAGCCUGCUAGAGUCGGAGCGCGUGACCCUGGAGGAGGAGAAGGUGGAGGAGGAGGUGAGGAGCUCCUUGGAGGAGCUGGGCUUCACCGUGGAGCACCUCCAGAACAACCAGCUGACAGAGAGCCGCAGCCCCGUCACGGGAGUCUACCGCAUCCUGCUGCACCGAGCCCAGAGGAGGUGGGGCUGCGACUCGCUGCCGGUGGUGCGGGGGAUGGUGAGGGACCCCAAGAGGGAGGGGCUCCGGGCCUACAGGGGCCUCCGUCACACCUCCAAGUUCUGCGUGCUCUCGUAGCGCGCCGAUAACUG